CUUUCGAAUUCGGCUGGGGACACAUAACCUCGCAUGUCGCCGACCAGUCAACCGCAACCAGAGUGCUAAUGUUUGUGCUUUACCCAGAUGACAGUGGUGAACAUCCAUGAUAACCCCCACCUCAGUCUAAAAGACCGUACCGACACCCUGGCCCUGCUACAGGAGUACAGUGAUGUAUUUGACGAUGGGCAAGUGAUGGGGCGGACUAAUAUCGUACAGCACGAGAUUCAGACAGGUGAUAACUUGCCCAUUAGGACGCCACCGCGACGAGUGCCCAUUCAUUACCAACAGCAGUUGGAUACCAUGAUAACAGAUAUGUUACGAAAGAAGGUGAUUAAACCGUCUACGUCACCGUGGGCAUCUCCAAUCGUUCUUGUGAAAAAGAAAGAUGGUUCUCUCCGCCUCUGUGUCGACUAUCGCCGCUUAAAUGCAAUCACACAACGGGAUUCUUUUCCUUUGCCUCGCAUCGACGCUACCUUAGAUGCUUUAGGUGGGGCACAGUGGUUUUCCACACUAGAUCUCGCUUCCGAUUAUUGGCAAGUUGAAAUUCGCCCAGAAGACCGCCCCAAAACUGCGUUCGUUGUGCCUACGGGGCUGUACGAAUUCGAAACCAUGCCAUUUGGCCUGUCUAACGCCCCUGCUACGUUUCAACGGCUCAUGCAAACAGUACUUGCAGGGCUAGUCCCCAAACAGUGCCUCAUCUACCUGGACGAUAUCAUCGUGUUCGGCCAGUCUCUCGAAGACCAUCAUGCCAACCUUCGCGCCGUAUUUCAACGCUUACGCGAGAGUAACCUUAAGCUGCAAGCCUCAAAAUGCAAAUUCCUGCAGAAAUCUGUUAUUUUCCUUGGACAUGAGAUUACUCCACAAGGAGUACAUACGGAUAGCAGCAAAACUCAAGCAGUUGUUAACUGGCCGACCCCUAAAUCGACCGCUGACGUACGCAGUUUCAUGGGACUCGCCUCCUAUUACCGGCGUUUCGUCCAGAAUUUCGCCAGUAUAGCAGCCCCUCUCCAUCGAUUGACAGAAAAAGGACGGAAAUUCGUUUGGACAAAUGAGUGCCAGGUAGCCUUUGACACGCUUAAAAAAUGUCUAACUUCUCCCCCUGUCCUAUCGUUUCCAGACACAUCGGCUGGUAGCGGCCCCUUCAUUCUGGAUACCGACGCCAGUGCACAUGCAAUAGGAGCCGUUCUCUCGCAAACAACCUCUGACGGACAAAUACGAGUGAUAGCAUAUGCUAGUCGAAUGCUAGACAAAAGAGAGACGCGGUAUUCUACGACGCGACGUGAGAUGCUAGCCCUCGUCUACUUCCUCUCCUACUUUCGUCAUUACUUAUUGGGGCGCAAAUUUCGAGUCCGGACUGACCACAAGGCGUUACAGUGGUUGCAAAAUUUUCGUGAUGCCGACGGCCAACUUGCCCGCUGGCAGGAACGGUUACAGGAGUUUGAUUUCACUUGUGAAUACCGGCCUGGAAAACGACAUGGUAACGCCGACUCUCUCUCUCGCCUGCCCGAUUGCGAGAACACACUGAAUGUGUUACUCGGUGCUGCAGCUGACACCGACUGGGCCUCCCUGCAAGCGGCGGACACAACGAUACAGCCCAUUUAUUUACGUCAACAGCAUGGGAACGAUAAACCGACGUCCAAAGAACUACGGGAUUUACCAGCAGCCACGCGGUGCAUCUGCGAGAAGUGGGGUUUACUACGACUUAUAGAUAAUGUUCUUUACAUAGUGGAACCAAAUGCCAACCCCCGACUCCUCGUCCCAACUGUUAAAGUACCCGAGCUUAUUAGUCAGGUGCAUCAUCAACUGGGACACGCUGGCCAACAGAAAACUGAACACGCCAUCCGUCAACGCUUCUGGUGGCCACUUAUACACCAUGAUGUUAUGGAGUUUUGCCGCAAUUGCGCUAUAUGUGCGCAGAUCAAACAGCCUAAGCCAACUCCCCGAGCACCCCUAGUACCUAUGCUGACCGAAGCCCCUAAUCAUCGAGUUGGAGUCGACAUCAUUGGGCCAGUACCAACAUCGAGACGCGGGAAUCGUUAUAUACUUGUCAUGGUCGACUAUUUCACCAAGUGGUGCGAAGCAGUCCCCUUGCAGCAACAAGAUGCCCUGACGAUCGGGCGAGCUUUCAUCGACAACUGGGUGUCCCGUUUUGGUGCCCCUCUUUAUCUACACUCUGAUCAAGGCGCUGCUUUCGAGAGUCUUCUUAUCUCUCACAUCUGCAAUGCUUUCGGCAUUCGAAAGACCCAUACUACGCCUUAUCAUCCACAAGGGAAUGGACUGGUGGAACGCACCAACCGAACCAUCAAGCAUCUUCUCCGUGCCUUUUUGCACAACGCACCGGAGAACACCUGGGACGAUGUCCUGCCUCAAUGCUUGCUUGCAUACCGCUCCUCCGUGCAUUCGUCGACCGGAUUUUCCCCGGCUCUACUCUUGUUUGGGCAUGAACUUCGCCUUCCUGUUGAGAUCCGGACACCGUUGCUACCAUACGAGAAGAUCGACUGUAUUCCCUACGUCCGCAACCUUCGUCACCACCUCGACACAGCCUACAACCUAACACGUCGACAUCUGCAGUCUUCUUCGCAGCAUCAGAAAAGCAACUAUGAUCGGUUUGCCCACGGACCAACCUAUUCCCCGGGUGACUACGUCUGGCUUCAUCGGCCGUCAGUCCCUGCCGGUUCGUGCCCCAAGUUCUACGCCCCCUGGAAAGGCCCAUAUGAAAUCGUACAACACCGACCUCCAACUACAUAUGUCCUGCGGAACUUGCGACGCCCCCAGGAAAAUCUCAUCUCAGCACAUUACAACCAGCUGAAACCACACUGUCCAGCAGCUGUCAAAGAACCGUCGACAUCUUCGCAACCGCCACCAGCUACGACCUACUUCGAGGUGCCCACUGAUGGAGGUAGUGCAUACCCUAUACCGCCGCCAGGCACUGAGGACAGUGCCUCCAGAGGGGAGGGAGCGAUGUAAUGAUAUAAAAACUAACAUGACAUCACUAAAUGAGUCUCCUGUUUCCUCUUUUUCAGAAAAGAACGCUGGCCUGGCCGUGCUGGAACAGGUGGAGGACCGUUUGUCUAACCUUGUUAUAAAUGACAAUGAUUAGCUUGUACCCGGGCAAUUCGACCCCUACGUGCUGGAAAUAUAGACCUUCCUCUCGCAUCUUCCUCUUCUUCCUUCGCUGAUUGUGUCUGUUGCUUCUGGGUGUUACAAUUGAUGUCGGAGGUGUCCAAAACUCAAUCUCGAAAUGAAAUCAGAUUCUUCCGAUCCUCCUGAAAUCAUCUCUACUCCAAAAGUCAACCCACAAUCCCCAGCCACAGAACACAUCUUACCGGUGCGAGGAUUACCAACUUUGGACAUAAACAGCGAUUAUGAAAUGUGGAAGAUUCGCAUGGAGUCUCUCUUAUCCGGUCUUACUCCACACGCACAAUAUACUCAGAUUAUGCUAGCAAUGAGUGACACCGCACUACGCCGUGCUAUCGCUGGGGGCUUCUCCGCGUCCAAAUCCAUCAGCUACAACUGGCAUGUCCUCGACGAAUGUUUUGCCAAAACCUCCAGCCCUUCGGUGUACAUGCACACCUUUCUCAGCCUCUGUCAAGAGCCCGACGAAACAGCGUUCGAUUACCUGCAUCAACUCCGCGAGAUGGCAUCGCGCGCAUUUCCCAACCUUCCCAACCCGAACCGAGAUGAUGUUAUCUGUAGCCGUUUUGCCCAAGGUGUCUCAUCAUAUGAGCUCAAGUGCCAACUUCUACGCCAGCCAGCAAAAUCAGUCUCAGAGGCCAUUGAGGUGGUAAAGCGAUUUGAGAGCGUCGAGCAUAUUCUCACUCCAACUGCCAGUACGCCCUGCUAUGCUCUCGGGACCACCGAGCGAAGAACAACCGUCCCAGCACCACGACAACGCCGGCCUAAUGCUCCAUCGUCAAACCAACCUCCAAUUCCGUCCCAACGGCAUGAUGACCCCAGUAAGUGCUAUUACUGUCGCCGGUUCGGGCGGCGAGCAUGGAAAUGUGGGCAUAACAAAAAACCACAAGGUGAGCCAUGUUCUGAUGUGUCAUUAUUUGAUAAUUGCUCGAAAUCUCCCCUCCUCCUUGAAGGUAAACUCCAGGGCACUGACGUCACUUUUCUGGUGGACACCGGGGCAUCAUCCUCUGUUGUUCGCACGCAAUUGGUCCAGACACUUGGGGUCAAACCUAAACCUCUCCCCAAUCAGCUCCAGUUAAUUACCGCCAAUGGAGCCCCUAUCAAGGUAACCGACAUGGCCACACUUUCCGUGACGUUCCCAGGUUUUACUUGUGUUCAGUCAUUCGUCAUUUGUGAUGUUAUACGAUGGGACGCCAUACUGGGCGUGGACUUCUUAACUGGGAAAAACGCUGUCAUUGACCUAAGACGCUUUCGAAUUCGGCUGGGGACACAUAACCUCGCAUUUUACCGACCAGUCAACCGCAACCAGAGUGCUAAUGCUUGUGCUUUACCCAGAUGACAAUGGUGAACAUCCAUGAUAACCCCCACCUCAGUCUAAAAGACCGUACCGACACCCUGGCCCUGCUACAGGAGUACAGUGAUGUAUUUGACGAUGGGCAAGUGAUGGGGCGGACUAAUAUCGUACAGCACGAGAUUCAGACAGGUGAUAACUUGCCCAUUAGGACGCCACCGCGACGAGUGCCCAUUCAUUACCAACAGCAGUUGGAUACCAUGAUAACAGAUAUGUUACGAAAGAAGGUGAUUAAACCGUCUACGUCACCGUGGGCAUCUCCAAUCGUUCUUGUGAAAAAGAAAGAUGGUUCUCUCCGCCUCUGUGUCGACUAUCGCCGCUUAAAUGCAAUCACACAACGGGAUUCUUUUCCUUUGCCUCGCAUCGACGCUACCUUAGAUGCUUUAGGUGGGGCACAGUGGUUUUCCACACUAGAUCUCGCUUCCGAUUAUUGGCAAGUUGAAAUUCGCCCAGAAGACCGCCCCAAAACUGCGUUCGUUGUGCCUACGGGGCUGUACGAAUUCGAAACCAUGCCAUUUGGCCUGUCUAACGCCCCUGCUACGUUUCAACGGCUCAUGCAAACAGUACUUGCAGGGCUAGUCCCCAAACAGUGCCUCAUCUACCUGGACGAUAUCAUCGUGUUCGGCCAGUCUCUCGAAGACCAUCAUGCCAACCUUCGCGCCGUAUUUCAACGCUUACGCGAGAGUAACCUUAAGCUGCAAGCCUCAAAAUGCAAAUUCCUGCAGAAAUCUGUUAUUUUCCUUGGACAUGAGAUUACUCCACAAGGAGUACAUACGGAUAGCAGCAAAACUCAAGCAGUUGUUAACUGGCCGACCCCUAAAUCGACCGCUGACGUACGCAGUUUCAUGGGACUCGCCUCCUAUUACCGGCGUUUCGUCCAGAAUUUCGCCAGUAUAGCAGCCCCUCUCCAUCGAUUGACAGAAAAAGGACGGAAAUUCGUUUGGACAAAUGAGUGCCAGGUAGCCUUUGACACGCUUAAAAAAUGUCUAACUUCUCCCCCUGUCCUAUCGUUUCCAGACACAUCGGCUGGUAGCGGCCCCUUCAUUCUGGAUACCGACGCCAGUGCACAUGCAAUAGGAGCCGUUCUCUCGCAAACAACCUCUGACGGACAAAUACGAGUGAUAGCAUAUGCUAGUCGAAUGCUAGACAAAAGAGAGACGCGGUAUUCUACGACGCGACGUGAGAUGCUAGCCCUCGUCUACUUCCUCUCCUACUUUCGUCAUUACUUAUUGGGGCGCAAAUUUCGAGUCCGGACUGACCACAAGGCGUUACAGUGGUUGCAAAAUUUUCGUGAUGCCGACGGCCAACUUGCCCGCUGGCAGGAACGGUUACAGGAGUUUGAUUUCACUUGUGAAUACCGGCCUGGAAAACGACAUGGUAACGCCGACUCUCUCUCUCGCCUGCCCGAUUGCGAGAACACACUGAAUGUGUUACUCGGUGCUGCAGCUGACACCGACUGGGCCUCCCUGCAAGCGGCGGACACAACGAUACAGCCCAUUUAUUUACGUCAACAGCAUGGGAACGAUAAACCGACGUCCAAAGAACUACGGGAUUUACCAGCAGCCACGCGGUGCAUCUGCGAUAAGUGGGGUUUACUACGACUUAUAGAUGAUGUUCUUUACAUAGUGGAACCAAAUGCCAACCCCCGACUCCUCGUCCCAACCGUUAAAGUACCCGAGCUUAUUAGUCAGGUACAUCAUCAACUGGGACACGCUGGCCAACAGAAAACUGAACACGCCAUCCGUCAACGCUUCUGGUGGCCACUUAUUCACCACGAUGUUAUGGAGUUUUGCCGCAAUUGCGCUAUAUGUGCGCAGAUCAAACAGCCUAAGCCAACUCCCCGAGCACCCCUAGUACCUAUGCUGACCGAAGCCCCUAAUCAUCGAGUUGGAGUCGACAUCAUUGGGCCAGUACCAACAUCGAGACGCGGGAAUCGUUAUAUACUUGUCAUGGUCGACUAUUUCACCAAGUGGUGCGAAGCAGUUCCCUUGCAGCAACAAGAUGCCUUGACGAUCGGGCGAGCUUUCAUCGACAACUGGGUGUCCCGUUUGGGUGCCCCUCUAUAUCUACACUCUGAUCAAGGCGCUGCUUUCGAGAGUCUUCUUAUCUCUCACAUCUGCAAUGCUUUCGGCAUUCGAAAGACCCAUACUACGCCUUAUCAUCCACAAGGGAAUGGACUGGUGGAACGCACCAACCGAACCAUCAAGCAUCUUCUCCGUGCCUUUUUGCACAACGCACCGGAGAACACCUGGGACGAUGUCCUGCCUCAAUGCUUGCUUGCAUACCGCUCCUCCGUGCAUUCGUC